ACAGUGGGCGGGCGUGUUCCAUUGUUGGUCGAAAAGUGUAAAGCCGUGGUAAAGCGCUAAAAGCUCCUUUCAGCUGCUGAGUUGUCAAAGUGUCAAUGUCAAACUAAGUUAACUUUGUUGUUGUUUUAUCAACAAUGAUUUUUUAGUUUCCCUAACGGCAAAGUACCGAUAAGCCGGUUUAUAUACGAAGGUUAAGUAUUUUUGUUAUCACGCCAGUCAUUGGCGAUAAUUCAAGCAGUCAGGAUGGCCCGCGCGCUCUGUUUUUUGCUUGCUCUUCAAGCACUCAACGUUCAAGGCUUCUUCCACCGGUAUCCUAAGAUCGAGCUUGGCGAACGCGACGGUGGUGAUGCUGGGAAACCUCUAUUCCUCACGCCAUACGUCGAGAGCGGCAACAUCGCUGAUGGCAGGCGGCUAGCACGUGUGCCGUUCACAGAGAGUUUGAGGAUCAAAAGUUACGCCGGCUACUUCACUGUUGACAAGAAAUACAACUCCAACCAGUUCUUCUGGUACUUCCCAGCGAUGACCUCGAAUAAUCAGCCGGCUCCGGUGGUGGUGUGGCUGCAGGGCGGGCCGGGCGCUACGUCUUUGUACGGACUCUUCACUGAGAAUGGGCCUCUAAGGGUGCGCAACGGUAAAUUUGAACGCAGGAAGUACAACUGGGCUCUGAGCCAUCACGUCAUCUACAUCGACAACCCCGUUGGAACAGGAUUCAGUUUCACAAACGACAGCAAAGGUUACUGUAUUGAUGAGGCCCAGGUGGGGGAACAGCUGUAUUCAACUCUCAUACAAUUCUUCCAACUAUUUCCUGAACUGCAACAGAAUAAGUUCUUUGUCACAGGCGAGUCAUACGGUGGAAAGUAUGUUCCUGCUCUGGCUUACACCAUACAUAAGAAGAACCCUACUGCUUCAUUGGAAAUCAACCUGAAAGGAAUUGCAAUAGGCAAUGGAUUGAGUGACCCUGAGCAUCAACUGUUGUAUGGCAAAUAUUUGUACCAAAUAGGCCUCAUUGAUUGGAACCAAGCCAAGGUGUUUGAAGAGUAUGAAAAUAAAACAAGAGAUUUCAUUCAGAAAGGUCAAUGGAAUGAUGCUUUUGAUACAUUUGACACCCUCUUGAAUGGUGACUUAAUAGAUGGGAAGAGCAUUUUCUACAAUAUGACUGGUUUUAACUUCUAUUUCAACUACUUGCACACCAAGGACUACACUAACUAUGAAGACUUUGGUCCCAUGCUACAAAAGAGUUCUGUAAGGAAAGCCAUUCAUGUUGGCGAUUUGCCUUUCAAUAAUGGUUCCAUAGUAGAGCAGCAUUUGAAGCAGGAUGUGAUGAAAUCUGUAGCACCAUGGAUAUCAGAGCUCCUCGACCAUUACUAUGUUGUGAUAUACAAUGGGCAGCUGGACAUCAUUGUGGCUUAUCCUUUGACUAUAAAUUACUUGAGGAAUCUGAAUUUCACUGGAUCUGAAGACUACAAGACUGCUAAAAGGUACAUUUGGAAAGUGGAUGACGAGGUUGCUGGAUAUGUGAAGCAAGCUGGGAAGCUGGUUGAGAUCAUGGUGAGGAAUGCAGGCCACAUGGUGCCAGGAGACCAACCAAAGUGGGCAUUGGAUCUUAUCACAAGGUUCACCCAUGAAAAAACCUUUGGUGACCAUGAUGUUUAUAAUAAACAUUACAGAAAAAAGAAUGGCAUUUAUGAAAAGAAAAUGUUUGUUUGAUAAAAGUUAUGUGUUUCAAAUUCCAUUGUAGUUACUAAGUGUACUUAUUUUCCUUGUAAGCUAAAUUGUUGUAAUUCUAGGUAUUGUGUUCAAGGUAUCCACUGUAAUCAGAAACCUACUCAAUGUUAGCAUUGUCUCAAGGCUCAAUACUCAUUGUUGAAAUAAAGUUUUUAUAUAUCUGAACAA